AUGAUCAUUACUGGAGAUGAUAUUGAUGGUAUCUCUGCUCUCAAGGCCUCACUUUACCAUACCUUUGAGAUGAAAGAUCUUGUUUCUCUCACCUAUUUUCUUGGUCUCGAGGUCAUCUCCACCGAUGAUGGCAUUUAUCUCUCUCAGGCUAAGUAUGCUUUAGAUCUUCUUGCUCGCGCUGGGAUUACAGAUAGUCGCACUGAGUCUACUCCUCUUGAACCUAAUGUUCGAUUUACCCCUAUGGAUGGCACUGUUUUGGAUAAUCCGACUCUCUAUCGACAGUUAGCUGGGGGUCUCGUCUACUUGACUAUUACCCGACUAGACAUCGCAUAUCCAAUUCAUGUACUUAGCCAGUUCUUGUCAGCUCCUCGUACUACUCACUAUGCGGCAGCUUACUCCGAUGCUGAUUGGGCUGGUGAUCCCACUGAUCGACGUUCUACUACUGGUUACUGUUUGUUUCUUGGCGACGCUCUCAUUUCUUGGCGUGCUAAGAAGCAAACGUUCACUGCUCGCUCAAGCACAGAAGCUGAAUACUGUGCCCUCGCUAACACCACUGCUGAGAUUGCACAUAAUGAUGUGUUUCAUGAACGCACCAAACACAUUGAAAUUGAUUGUCGCUUUGUUCGGCAAUGUAUCUUUAUUAGUGUUGUUCGUCUCAUUGCUGUUUGA